AUGUCUCUUGCGCGCCCUCCCUGCCAAAUACCCAUUCGGCGUUUACUCCUAUGGUGCCGUCCGCUUCCGCGGUGCUUCCACGUCUGCGCUUCGCGGCACCACGAGCCCGCUUCAUCAUCACCAUCGUCGUCGGCAGAGCAGCCGACGCAAGGCCUCCGCGGCCUCGGGCUUCUUACGGGAAACAAGGGAAAGGCGCAGCGCAAGCCGGGCACGCCGGCCCCGCGCUACAUCCUCGGUCAGAGCGCCGAUCUGCCCAUCCGCGCGCGUUUCGCGCCGUCCCCGACAGGUUACCUGCACCUGGGCUCGCUGCGGACGGCCCUAUUCAACAACGUCGCGGCGCGCGCUAGCAAAGACGGCGGCGCUUUUAUCCUGCGCAUCGAAGAUACCGAUCAGAGCCGCCUCGUUCAUGACGCCGAGUCGCGCUUACUGCAAGAUCUAGCUUGGGCCGGCCUCUCCUGGGACGAAGGCCCCGACUGCGGCGGCCCAUACGGUCCCUAUCGGCAGUCGGAGCGCCUCCCCAUCUACAAGGAGCAUGUCCAGACGCUCCUCGACAAGGGCCACGCGUACCGCUGCUUCUGCACCCCCGCGCAGCUCGACGCCCAGCGGCAAGCCCUGCACGAGGCCGGCCGCCCAACUCACUACCCGGGCACCUGCCGCGCUCUCGACGCUAACGAGUCGACGCGCCGCGCGGCCGCUGGCGAGCCGCACGUGGUGCGCUUCCGCGGCGGCGCGGCGUGCGGCCGGCCCAAGCUACGCGACGCCAUCUACGGCCAUUUUCAGAAAAGCGAGGACGAGGACGAUUUCAUCCUGCUAAAGUCGGACGGGUUCCCGACCUAUCAUUUCGCGUGCGUGGUUGACGAUCAUCUCAUGAAGAUAACCCACGUCAUCCGCGGCGAGGAAUGGCUCAUCUCCGCGCCCAAGCACAUCGCCCUCUACCAGGCCUUUGGCUGGCAGCCUCCCAUCUUUGCGCACCUCGGCCUGCUCGUCAACCCAGACGGCACCAAGCUCAGCAAGCGCAACGCCGACGUCAACCUGUCCACGUACCAGACGACGGGCCACAUCUUUCCCGCCGCCCUUCUUUCCUGGCUCGCCAACCUCGGGUCGUCUUUCAAGCCCAACGUCCAGCCCCCCCGCAGCGUCGACAACAUUGCCCAAGCUUUGACGUUUAAAUUUACCCGUGGUGGCAUCAAGCUCAACGUGGAAAAGCUACACCACUUCAACGCAAAGUACCGCGACCUGCUCCUCCGCCAACCCCUCGGCUCCCUGCCACCCUACGAGGCCGCUCUCCUGCGCAGCCACCUCCUCGCGCCCACUCUCGCCGCGGUGCGCGCCGCCACCGGCCGCGGUGUAUCUGCCUGGCCCUCCGCCUCUCUGCCGCUUGACCUCGUGCCCCAACUGACCGCCCGCAUCGACGACAACGACGACGCUCACAUCGCGUACAUCCACGCCGUGCUGGCCAGCCGCGACGGAGGCUUCCAUGACGCCAGUGACGUGGUCGAGCAGCACCCGUACCUCUUUUGGCGGCCGCCGCAGGCUGUAUACCGAGCAUCCGCGGUUGCCACGCCGCCGGACGCGCGCGUCCUGGCCGCGCUGGAGCGGGUGCUCGCGCAGGAGGAUGUCUGGAGGGGCGACGACGACGGUCAGCGUGUGGUGGAGGCGCUGCGCGGGAUCCUGGAUCCGCAGGGCGUGGAAGCGCUGACGAUGCACAAUGUGCUGCGUCUGGUGGGCGCGGGCGGUCAGGACGUGGUGUCGCAGAGCAGCGGACGCAUGCUUGCCACGCUGGGCCAUGACGAGUGGCAGCACCGGCUGCAAUGUGUGCAAGAGGUCACAUAA